UAUGUGUUAAAGUUUACUGCUGGGAAACACCUGAGCUAGCUGCAUGCAGAUGUUGCCUGUUAAUCCUCCUGCACAGGGAACACUCUAAUAACUGGAUUGUAGCAGCAGAACAGUUUUUAUAUCACUUUUGGAAACACCACUCCAACUCAAAAUGAUUCCAAGAAUGUCAUCGACUUCCCCAGUCACAUGAUGCCUUAAUAACCAAUGACACUAACUACAGUGUCUCAUUAAGAGGUCAUGCAAACUCCCAAGCUAAACAAGGCAUUCUUACAUAUUUAACAUUCAAAUGCAGAAGGCAAGCUAAGCCAUGGAAGAUUGUAAUCAGAAAAAAGCUACACUUCCUGAUCCACACAGAAGCUACAGGUUCUUUCAACAGGAGACAUUUUGGUAGCAUUUUGAGCUGAAAUCUGGAGGUUAUUUUGCAAUAUGAAAAAUACGUUCUCUUUGGUUCCAUGACAACCACUUAGAUGCUACACCCUCACUUUAAUGAUCCACAUCAACAUGAUUUCUCCCCAACUGAAGGCCACUCUCAGUGCAAGAUGGCAUCCUAGAAAGAUCUUCAACUGUACGGCAUCCAGUCUUGUAUUAAAGAAAAUCCAGAUGGGGUGCAGGUGCUGCAAAAUGAUACAAAGCUAUAUUUUUGAUCCAGAAGCACCACCAUCACCUGGAUGCAUUAAUGAAGUAAACAGCUACAAACACAAUGAGCAAGGCAGCAAUAAAUUCAAAUUCAAAGAGAAUAAUGAAAAUCAAGAACAAAAAAAUGAACACCAGGAAGAUGAGCUAAACGGUACAGAAAAUAAAAAUCAGGUAAAUAGCAUAAAAGAAACUCUCUGGGACCACGAUGGCAAUGAUUUUCAAGAGGCUAAGCUCAUAAAGUGUGUGGCAAAACUUGAUGUUGCAGUCAAUGGUGGCAACUCCUGCACUGGAGCACACCCCAUGCUCAACCCCAGCAUAAACCCAGGGAAUAAAGCCAGUGAAGAGGGACCAGCCAGCCAGUCAGAGACUUCUUCAGCCAGUAGUAGAGACUUUCACACCAAAUCAAAUGGGUUUGGCCAGGAACUUGACCUAGCAGCAGUCAGGCAGAGGAAGGCAGCCUGCAAGGAGCCAAACAGUAUUCAAGAUGGGAACUCCUGUUCUGCAAAAGACAACAUCUUUCUCAAAGGAAGUGCAGUACUGGAGACACAAAACAAUGUAAUUCAACUGCCAGACAUUGAUUAUCCCCAAAAUGGCAAUCAAACCAGGAACUAUGUUGAAAGAUAUAGUUUUUCAGUCCAUUGUGCACAUUCAGACCAAAACACUGGACCUUCAGCAAUACAGGACCAAAACUUUUGCGUAACUCCACCUUCUCCUAUAAAGAAAAGCAGUAUUGAGCCUUCUAAAACUGAUUCCACAAGUCUGAGUGAGGGCAUUCCCAGUGGCAUCACUACUAUGGCUGUUACCAAAGUAGCACAGACACCCACACACCCCAGUCAAAAAGGCACCAGUGGAGAAAUGGAGGAGGAAGACGCAGAAGUGGCAGCAGCUCUGGCUGCACUGGAAGCUGCAACUGCAGGGGAAGACAUGGAAGAUGACAAUGAGUACUAGAUGGUUUCUUUCUAAUACACUGGGUAAGAUCCAGAUUUUAUUUCUGGAUCUAUAGGAACACAUGUGCAGCACAUGUGGACAGCUGUUAUGAACAGCUGGGACUAAACCUCUGUCCUUCCAGCUGUCCACGGUCCAUACAGCUGUUAAUUUCUACUGCCUGAGGUACAGAAGUGCUUCCUCAGCUAAUGGUAAUACUAAAAAUCUUCUCUAAGGGUCCAACCAGGAGGCCAAAGCAUCAGUUCUUCCACAGAGGAUAUUCUGCAGCAUACCCACCUCCUAUGGACUUAUGCAAACAUUUCCUUUAGGUUUCGACCCUUGAGAGAGUCUGUCCACACUUCAUAUUCCACAUACAGAAAAGUUCCAUUAUUUAAAACAGAACUAUAGAAGCCACAGUGUUAUAAAGGGCAGAUUUGUAUCAUGUUGGCACAAAAAGUAUAAAACUGACCAAAAUUUCUAUAAUCUACUAAAGAAUGAAAUGGGGAAGGCAGCUUGGCUUGCAUUUCACUGUGGUUACAGUUCCCUUCCAGAUUAAAGCCCAGUCUGUGCAAGUGCAGCUAGCAUUGUGAUGAUAACCUCAUCUCUUCCAUGGACUUUCCUUGAUACCCCAAGUGACCUGCCUCAGCUCAUUAGCACAGCAGAAGCCCACCCAAAGCCA